AAGGUUGGGUGAGUGGUGGGUUUUUGCAUGUACUUUUUGUGCUUUUUUAAUAAUAAAAUAAUGGUGUAAGAAACAGAACAAAAUCGCAUUUAGCACGUGGAUACGAGGAUGAGGGAAAAGAUCGUGUUGUUUGGAGACUCCAUAACAGAGGAAUCUUUCGGAGACAAAGGAUGGGGUGCUUCUCUUGCCAAUGCCUAUACUCGCAAGGCUGAUGUACUUAAUCGAGGGUAUGAUGGAUAUAACACUAGAUGGGCUUUGUUCUUGCUGAAACAUCACUUCCCUCUGGACACUCCUAAGCAACCUCUUGCUGCCACAGUUUUCUUUGGUGCUAAUGAUUCAGCUUUGUCAGGAAGAGCCUAUGAAAAGCUACAUGUACCUAUUGAAGAGUACAGACAGAAUCUUAGAAAAAUUGUUCUACACUUGAAGACAUGCUCUCCGUCUAUGCUAAUUGUGCUUAUUACUCCACCUCCAAUUUCUGAGGAAGCACGUCUAGCACAUUUAAGAUCCUUAUAUGGUGAGAAUGCUCCAGAAUUGCCUGAAAGAACAUAUGAAGUAAUUGGUCAGUAUGCGAAGGCAUGUGUUGAGAUAGCUAAGGAAAUGGGUUUGCCAUAUAUCAAUCUGUGGUCUAAAUUGCAAGAAACUGAUGGCUGGCAAAAGAAAUUUUUGAGAGAUGGGUUGCACCUGACACCAGAAGGAAAUGCAGCAGUGUUCCAAGAAGUAAUAAAGGUGUUCAAUGAAGAAGGGCUUUGUGCUGAUAAAAUGCCAUAUGAUUUCCCUGUCUACUCAGAAGUUGAUGACAAAAAUCCUCAGAGCUCUUUAAGCAUUCCAUUGGAGUAGUGCUCUCAUUCCACCCCCCUUUUUUGGCUCAACAGUAGUGCUCUGGCUAAGUCUUGCAAUUUUAUACACUGUUUUAUUUGGUGACCUUGGAUUUUCGGGUUUUAAUGCAUUUAAUUUAAUUUAUAUGCACU